GCCAAAUAAUAAUAAUAGAUUGUUGUGAAAGAGUGAGGAACGCGGUUUGUGAAGUUGAGUGAGGAACGCGGUUUGUGAAGUUGAGUGAGUAAGGGCAUUGAUUCUAAGCUUCGAAAAUUGUCCCUGCAAGACCUAGGGUUCUCGAUUGCUAGUGAAGUUUAAUUUACAAAAACAUGGAUUUGUGAUUGCUAGUGUUCUCGAUUUUUAGGGUUUUGUUUAAAAAAUUUACAUUCCUUGUGCCGUAUUCGUAGCCGCCGACAACUCUAUCACCCUGAACACCUCAUCUCCGACAACGAAGCCGCCGCUAACAACGAGCCUCCAAUGAAGAGCAGCGUCGCAGAACUCAAAACCCUAGGCUCCGAAUUACUCUCAUCAGCAUCACAUAUAAACAACCUCCCUCUUCUUCUCACUUUCGUUUCACCUUCUUCUCCACCUCACCAUGUCCUCGAAUCGCUUCUCUCUCUUCACUCCUUCUUCCUCCCCCUUCUCCCUAAACUACCUUCUUCCUCCGCCACUGCCUCCGAUUACGACGGCGACGAAUCGGAGUUCAUAUAUUUCACUUGGCUCCGUUCCAAAUUCGAUGAGUUUCUUAAGUCUCUUAUCCAUGUUCUUGUUUCGGAUGAAUCUGAUGAGACUCUUAAGGAGCUUGUAUUGGAUACUUUGAUGGAGUUUGUUAAGGUUUCUAAUGGAGGAAGCUUUCACUUUUCUUUGUAUCAUAGGAUUAUUCGUGGUAUUAUUCACUCUACUAGUCCUGCUGCAUUUUUGGUGGAUUUAUUAAUAUCGAAGUAUUUCAAGUAUAUUGAUGUCCGUUAUUUUACGUUCAUAAGCCUAGAAAAGCUCACUAAAAAUUUGGAAGGAAAAGAGGUUUCAGAUGAUAAAACUGCAAGUGCAGAUGGCACCAAUGAAAGUCAAUUGAGCUCAAAUAUUGAGUGUGUCAUCCAUAACAUGUACUACACCCUAUCACAUGUUCCUGCUCUUGAAAGAUCAGAUGAUACUUCUGAUUUCGAAAUGUGGAGUGUAUCAGAAAGCGAUCAAAAGACACUUUCUGGAGAUGUGAAUGCAGAUGAUAAGCAGGUUAAGUCCAAGAAGCAUAACAAAAAUGUACUUUCUGCAGUCAAUAUUGCCAAGAAGAUGAAGUUAAAAUUUACUGAAGCUUGGAUUGCGUAUCUUAGAUUGCCACUUCCACUGGAUGUGUACAAAGAGGUUCUUGUUAACCUUCACCAAGCAGUCAUUCCUCAUCUGUCUAAUCCCAAAAUGUUAUGUGAUUUCUUGACAAGGUCAUAUGAUGUUGGUGGUGUAGUCAGUGUGAUGGCACUUAGCAGCCUUUUUAUCCUAAUGACCAAGUAUGAAGUGGAGUACCCUAAUUUCUAUGAAAAACUAUAUGAGCUAUUAGUUCCAUCUAUCUUCAUGGCAAAACAUCGUGCAAGGUUUUUCCAGCUUCUUGAUUCUUGCCUGAACUCCGACCGCGUUCCAGCUUACCUGGCUGCCCCCUUUGCAAAGAAAUUGAGUAGGUUGUUGCUUUCAGUUCCACCUUCAGGUGCAUUAGUUAUUACGGCUCUGGUUCACAAUAUUUUGCGUAGACAUUCUUCAAUCAGCUGUUUGGUGCACCGGGAAGACGUUGUUGAAGAGGUAGAUAGAACAGAUGAAGUGACUGCUGCUAACUUGGAUAAUGCCAAUACUGGUAUGCCCUGCCAGAAACCAAGCAUAGACCAUUUUAACAUUGAGGAAACUGAUCCAAUGAAGUCAGGCGCUAUGAGAAGCUCUCUUUGGGAAAUUGAUUCCGCUAUUCACCACUACUGUCCUCCUGUCCAACGGUUUGCUUUGACCCUUCUUGAGACUGAUUUGACAGUCAGAGCCAAAACAUGUGAAGUUAAUGUUGAGGAUUUUAGUGCUGGUUCUUAUGCAACAAUAUUUGGAGCGGAGAUAUCUCGAAGGGUGAAGGGGGUUCCUCUAGCUUUCUACAAAACAACUCCCUCCUCUCUCUUUUCAGAGAAUAAUUUUGCUGGUUGGACUUUCAAAUGUGAAGAAACUCCCGAAACAAUCAAUGACAACAACGAGAAUGCUGCUAAAGAUUUAUUGGAUCAGGAACAUGGUUCCGCUAAAAGACAACGAAUUGAGUGUCCCUGAAUCUGGUUCAUGUAUGUUCACAACUAAAAUUAAAAUGUUUCUUUGAAAGUUUUGAAAUACAAAUAUUAUGCCCUAUUUAUUUAUAUUAAAUUUUCUAUUUUUAUUUAACAUCAUUUCAAACACUUUCAAGACGACGAAAUCCGUUCAUAUGUAGCAAGAUUGUGAUAUAUAUAAAUUUUAUAUUAUAAACUAAACA